AUUAACAAAAUGUUCAACAAUAAAACCAUUUUUCUAAUUGGAGUCCUCUUGGCCAUCAGCAUUGGCCUCUCCUCGUCAGCCGGUUUAUGUAAAGGUUGCAAAGGCAAACUGUUGGUGAAACAAUUGGAAACUCUUGAUAGCAAACGCAAAUGUUGGUUAAGCAUGGAUAAUCAUGUUUUGCUCAACUUUAAAUUGGCUGUCCUGAAAGGCGUGGCUGGUGUCCUUGAAGACCUCUACACAAAAUCCAAUGAUUUGUCUCGAGCCGAAUGUAAAACCGAACCCAUUGCCGAGUGUGAGGCUACAGCUGAUAAAGAUGCCGAUAUUGAAUGCGUUACCAAUCGCAUGAAGGCCAUGGCCAAUGCCUAUGUUCAACUUGAGGAAUGUAAUGGUGAACUGUUGGAUCGUAAAGAUUUGAAUAUGAUGUUUAAGGUAAUGGCUGGAUCUGCCGUGGGAUGGCGUGUUGUCCAUCCUCAGUGUUAA